AAGAGGCUGCUGACUGUGGGCGAACGUUACAUGGAUUUUGCACUCCCCGCAAGGAUGCAAGUCCGUUUCCCUUCCAACAACUGACUUGCAGUGUAUCACCACACGGUAAAAGCUUCCUUGCCGAUGCAGUGGAAACAAAGGAGUGAAAAAAUUGUACUUUUGGAGGCACAAAGGAGAUGUAAUUUUGCGAAGGGGUUCCAUAACGAGCCUGCCUCUUCGCGUUGGCGGUGGACACAGCUUGAGUGAAGCUUGGUCCGAGCUCUUCCACGGCUUCGGCACGGUGGGAGGCAGCGUAACCGCAGUGGGUGGCACUUAACCGCAGUGGGUGGCAGCUUAACCGCAGUGGGUGGCAGCUUAACCGCAAGUUGACGCAGCUUCAUCGCAAGUUGACGCUGCCUCACCGCAAGUUGACGCCGCUUCCCCGCAGCGCUACCCCCCCUGCAACGUCAUCCCCAUUUGACGCAAAUGCGGGGGAGAACCCGUCGGCCGCAUCACACCAGGAGAGUCCACCCUCGCCAGUCGCACUAACGCGCCCGCAACUGCAGUCAAUUGUACACAUGUAGAAGCGCGUAAACAGGUCAGUGCGUUUACCCCCCGUUCCGCCACACAACCUCGCACCAGGUGCACUCGUAAAUUUUUGCUCCUACGGGGGAAGCACCUAACUGGGGAGGAAGCGGGGACACCCUCACAAAAAUAAGAAUAGCAUCAUCAGCAAGAGUGAAAAGGCACGCUCCUACCUCCAAUAAAAAAGAUGAGGCAGAAACGAAGGAACCAAGCGAAGGCUCCCCUGAACGGAGGCAGCGCUGGAGGUGACCAUAAGACGCAGAACGUGAAGAGGAAGAAAACGGAGAAGGGGGAAGAGAAAGUGGUGGAGAAAGGGGCGACUGCAGAGGCCACUAAAGUGGCUGAAAAAGUGACGGCAAAAAAGACGCGGGGGCCAAACGACCCGCACAGAAAACUGGACAUCCUCUUUUAUGGGAACAAAAAUAUAUACCUAAGAGAUAUACACAAUUUUAUAAUAAACCUGCGGGUCGAAAAGAGCGUUCACAAAAAUGACCUCUUCAUCGUGAAAAACAGCGACUGCGUAAAUAAUUUAAUCGUGGUGAUCGUCCCCAAUCUGUCCAGCUGGUUCAUAAGGGACAUUUCUGCCAGUGGGGUUUUUUCCAAGCUGCAGAAGAAUAACAACUUUCGCAAAAUACACACAGAAAAUUGCUUCAAAAAUAAUUAUAGCAAUUUGAUGCUAAAAGCGCUAAGUGUCUCUGUGAUGAAAAAUAAAGGGACAAAUUGUAACUCCCCCCGGGGGGGGACCUUCUGCAUCGAAAACUUUCUACUUAGCAGUGAGCAGAUGCUGCUGAACAGGUACCCAAAGAAGGACUCCGAAGAGUACCUCAGUUUUGAAAGCGUUGAGUAUGUGAAGACCCACAAAGGAAUAACAGACAUGCGCUCCUAUUUGAACACCACCAUGAACACCACUACGAGUGUCAGUCGGGAUGGCACCCCAAAUGGAUUAAGCCAUCCUGACGAGACGACCGUGCCGGUCAAAGAACCGGCUGCCCCCUCCCCACAGGGGAGUCACCCAAAUGGGGAAAGCGCCCACUUGGAAGAAGCCACAGAAGAGACCGUUAAAGAGACCGUUAAAGAGACCGUUAAAGACGCCGCUGAGGAGGCGAAAAACAUCUUCACCGAGGAACACAUAACGAUGUAUGCGCAGGUGCUGGAGAAGCUGCUUAAGGUCUCCGAACAGGCGUCGCAGCAGAAGGGGCAAAGUACCCCAGCAGGGGAUCCAAAGGGAGAGGAAAAAACGGAGUCGCUAAACGAGUCAGAUGGGGGAGAAGACCAGAGGGAUGAAAUGCUAAACGGGGGAGAGAACGGAAAUGCAGAUGGGGCCGCCAACUUGCCUCUGCAAAAUGGGGAGGUGAAUGGAAGGAUCAGCACUCCCAGUGAGGGAGGCUGUCCGAGUGGAAGCACCAGGGAAGGGGGAGAUAACGCUAGCGGUUCCACCCCCAGCGGCUCCAACCAUAGCGGCUCCACCCCUAAUCGCCAGCCGGCCGUCCAGUUCGACCUAGACAACAUCUACAGCAUCGACUGCGAGAUGUGCGAAACGAUAAAUAAAAAAAAAGAGCUCACCAAAAUUACGGUAGUGGAUGCGUAUAUGAACAUAGUGUACGAUUCGUACGUCGUGCCGGACAAUCAAAUUACAAACUACUUAACCCCCUACUCGGGCAUAAGUGAAAGUACCCUGCGAGAUGUGAAUACCAAAUUGAAAGAUGUGCAGGAGCAUUUGAAAAAGAUUUUUAAUAACAAAUCCAUUUUAAUUGGGCACUCCCUAGAGAACGACUUGCACGCGCUGAGGAUUCACCACGACCACGUCGUGGACACGUCCGUGGUUUACUCCAACUCGCCCUACUACUUUUUGAAGCCCUCUUUGUUUAACCUGUGCCAGCGCCACCUGGGCAUCACCAUGAAGCGGGAGAAGGGGCACAACUCGAUCGACGACGCGAAGAUCAGCAUGUUCCUCGCGCUGAAGAAGAUGAGCGAGUUCGACACGGCCGAGCCCCUCUACCAGUACCAGCCGCUGCCCGCCUUCCUCAACCCGGACAGCUUCGCCAACGUGAAGGGAAACAUCAUAUACCACGAAGACGUGAGCCAUAAAUUUGAAAAAAACAUGUGCAUAUAUGACUCGAAGAGCGAAUACAUAGAGGAAAAGCUGCCCAAACAUUUCCUAAAAAACUGCUUCCACUGUCCAUGCGAAAAUGAUGACGAGUGUGUAGAAAAUCUAAUCAUGAAUAUCAAAAAUAAAAAUAAAAUAAAAAAUUAUCUACUCAUAUUGAGGGAGUAUGAAAAUCUAUGCAACCAGAAAAUAUACAAUUGUGUGAAAAACGCAAAGGAGGAAAAUUUCCAAGUCGAUGGAAAUGGAGAGCUAUUUCAAGUCCCUACCAGAGUGGAAGCAAGUGGCAUUGUAAAAAAAUUAAGUCAAAAAAUUGAAAACAUUUACGAAAAUUUGGGCGCAAAUGAUGUCCUCAUUCUGCUCUCCUUCAACAGUAAUCACCUAGCGGAGGAAAAAAUUAAAGAAACGCUGUUCCUGGCAAAAGAUAUUUUUCACGCAAAUGUAGAUACAAAUGAUAAGUUGAGCAACCUUACUGCGAAAAUUAACUCCAUGGAGAAAAUCAUCGCCAAAAAACAGAGCGAGAAUGAUUUUGCGAAUUUGCACUUCCUACAGUUUAGGCACCUCCUCUGCUCGUACGAACGGCACAUUCUUGCCUACCUCAAUGAGCAGAAGAACACCGACCGGAGCAUCUUCAUUUUGAAUUCGCUCACAAAUUUGAAGAACACCGUGUGUGGCAACAGCCGGAAGAAGACCUUCAACGGGUGGUUCUCCAUUCUGCUCAAGGGGUGACUUGCGGCGGAUAUCCAUUCUGCGUAAGGGGUGCCCUUGGGUAGUUUUCCAUUCUGCUUAAGGGGUGCUCUUGGGCGGUUCCCCACCCCCCUCCUCAUUGUGCCAUCUCCUCGUUGGACGCCCCUAUUUGUUUGUUUUAUUAAUCCCCCUCGUUUGCUUCCCCUUCCCUCCACUUGUUUGUUUCGCGCAUUUUGCGCCGUCCAUUUUGUGUUAUCCAUUUUGCGUCAUCCAUUUUGCGUCCAUUUUUGCUGCUCUCCCCCCCGCGCGACAGCAGCACAGCUCAACUUCGACCAGCCGCGAAAAAGCGAAGUGGUGAAAAAACGCAGUGGCGACAUUGUAGCACCGCGCAAGGUGAACCCUAAUAGAAGCACGAAUAACGCGCAGGUCAUGUGUCCGUCCGCUUGCUGGCGUGCGCCCCCCACGUGGGGUCUCACCAGGACAUCCACGGAUAAUCAUCAGGCCAUCCGCUUAUAACCGUACGGUCUUUAGCUCUUCUGUUGUUCCCUUUUUUCCACCCCGUUCGCCU